CACGACACGAUCAUCAUGUGACUCGGCAAGCACCCAUACCUCUUCCACCUCUCUCGCAUCAAAUUCGUUCUGCCUAAUCCACACUCCACAUACUGCCAUUCAACAGAGCGGCUCACCGCGAGCUGAUCCGCAAAAGCGACGAGACGCCCACUCCCAACGCGAGUCUGAGCUCAACGUCUCCAGUGCGGGGGUCCAGAAUGGUUUGCGCAAAGUGCGAGAAGAAGUUGGCGGGCAAGAGCGGGGGAGCGCCACCAGAUCCAUUCAGAAACAGGAAUGCCCAAGGCACGCUGGUAUCGUCGGGCGUAGGUGGCCGCAAGACAAACGCUAUUGGAGGUCCAUCUCGAGCCAACGCUGGCACCCUAUCAGCAUCCUCACCAUCGUCCAGUGGGGUGGGAAAAGCGCCCUCGUCAAACAAGCUCAUCAGCUCCAAAGGAAGGUAUGCGCCUACGUCUACAAAAUGCAAGACUUGCGGCACGAAUGCUAGUCAGGGCUUCAUGUAUUGUCAAGGCUGCAGCUACAAGAGGGGGGUAUGCGCAAUGUGCGGAAAGAUGAUCAUGGACACUUCGAAGCACAAAAUGUCUUCCGUCUAAACGUCAGUCGAGUAGCGCUCAUCAUUUUCGCCCGAGCUGCAAUGACGU